CAUCGCCGCCGACCUCAUAGGCAUGUGCACAAGCAGGUCCGGCCGCGGGGCGGUCGACGUCGCUGCCACCGCGCCCGCCUUGGUGACACGCCCACGCCGGCGUCGAGGAAGGAGGCGGUGCCAGCGAGGCGCGCAGCCCUCGAACCCGACUCGGCCACCAAGAAGUCAUGCAGGGUCCGCCCCGUCCCGGGCGGCAUGGCCAUCAGGUCCAGCCGCGUCGCCCCAAGAACGAGGUAGCCGAGUCCGCAAGCGCCUACGGUCCUGCAGCGCCCCCGUCAGCCACGAAGAGAACGUCCAUGACGCCAGCAUACGCCCUCUCCGCACGCCUCACACGCCCGUCCUCUACCUCGCUUUCGACACACCCACCGAGACGCUCCAUUCUCACCGAGCGCGCCAGCAGCGUCCGGCGGUAGCAGCUCAAUACCGCCCUACACUAUGCCCCCAAGCUUGUUUCGCCCGAUGCGCCUUUAGGGUCGCUACUAUCUCGCCGGCCUACGCCGCGACGCCAUCGCUGGUCCGCCCGCAGCGGCCCCGGCGACCCUACCAUCCCGCAUGCGUGCCCGUCCUCGAGCACGACGACUACUUCUUGCGCGCCGCCGCCGUCUACGCCGCCUAUCCCAAUUACUCCGUCGCCCUCCCGCCCGGCUUCCUACCCAUCUCUACUGACGACGUCUUCGCCGACCGCUGCAUCUACUAUCUCGUAGGGAGCUCUGCCGGGGCCAAGGCUUGUGACAUCGAUGUCAAUUCUGGUGCCUACAAGGCUUGCGACGCGGUCGCCCACGCCCCGCUCUCUUACAUACAGCUUUGCCCCCCGCAAUUCGUCUGUUUCAACCUCUCCCUACCCGCGAGCGCCACGGCGUGCGCAAGUUUGUGCGCGGCCCGGACACCAUGGCGGGCGCUAAGCCCGAGGGCGAUGACAAAUACACGAGUCCGCGAUUGA